AUGAUCGCCUUCAUUGUUAUUAGCCACAUCUCACUCUACGUGGGAAUUAUGUUUUUGAUUUUGUGUGUUGCUACGGGAUUGUAUUAUUUGGCAGAAUUGGCUGAAGAGAAUAGUGUCAUGACUCGGAAGGUGAUUUCGUACAUGAUUUAUUUGGUGGUGAUGGUACAUUUGAUUUUGUGGAUUUUUGAUGAACUUUAUUUCUGGUGUAUUUCUAUUGGAAUAUUAUCUCAUAUUGCUUACUAUCAAUUAUUAUCAAGCUUCCCAUUUGUGAGAGUGAAAUCAGCAUCUUGCAUUUUGAGUAUUGUUGGAUUUAUCGUUUCACAUGUAGGAUGGUACUAUUACUUUAUUGAUUUUAAUACUCCCAUUUAUGAGUUUUCAGAAUUACUAGGCUUUUUCUUCAUUUGUGUUUGGUUUACUCCUCUUGCAUUAUUUGUGAGCUUGAGCAUUGGAGACAUGCAAUUGCCGGGACUUGGAAUGGAAGGUUCAGAUCGUGGAAAUAAGGAUAUUCUCAAAAAGAAGAACAAUGUCGUGCAAUGGAUCAUGUCACAACUGAAUCGUUUCAGAAGAAGUUCAUCCUCUGACACAAUGCUUCCUCAUCAUUCGAAUUAUUAA